CUUUAUAAAGAGAUCUCGCUGAGUUGUCACCGGGCGCUAAAAGGUGUUUCAACCGCGAGACAAAACAUAGACUUUUUGCCGCUUGUCUGAGGGCUUUCACCAUGGGGAAGGAGACGCAAACGGCGUGCGACACCCGCAAGAAACUUGUGGUCGUGGGCGACGGCGCGUGCGGGAAAACGUGUCUCCUGAUCGUGUUCAGCAAAGACGAGUUCCCAGAAGUGUACGUCCCGACUGUGUUCGAAACAUACGUGGCGGACAUUGAGGUGGAUACCAAGCAGGUCCAAUUGGUUUUGUGGGACACUGCGGGCCAGGAGGACUACGACCGGCUACGCCCGCUCUCCUACCCAGACACGGACGUCAUUUUGAUGUGCUUCUCCGUCGACAGCCCGGACUCGCUGGAAAACAUCCCGGAGAAAUGGGUUCCCGAGGUGAAACACUUUUGCCCUAACGUGCCGAUCAUUCUGGUGGGUAACAAGAAGGACCUUCGCAACGACGAGAACGUCAGGAACGAACUGUCCCGUCUCAAGCUGGAACCGGUGAGGCCCGAAGACGGCCGAGCCAUGGCCACGCGUAUCGGCGCACACGACUAUUUGGAGUGCUCGGCCAGGACGAAAGAUGGCAUCUGGGAAGUGUUCGAGACGGCGGCGAGGGCAGCCUUACAGAAAAAAAAGUCUGGACGGGGACGUUCUGGCAUGCGUUGUGUUUUGAUGUGACUUGAAUGCUCCAGGGACUCGCCUAGGCCUGUUUGGGCAGUGCCCCUCCCUGGGUUGGCCAGCCUGAAAGAAGGAGAAAAAAACGACUCAAAGACGUUUGUUUUGGGCCGCAGGCACGCUGCAGGGACGUUUUGGGUGUCAUGAGCUGGCUUUUAUUGGUGGCGGAGUUGAAACUCUACUUUUUGCCUUUAAAACUGACUACAUGUAGCUAUUAAGUCUAUGGGUCAUACUUUUUUAAAUCCAAAAAAAUGAGUGACUUUUUUUAAUCCACCAGAAAAACUGAAUGAGACUGAUAUAUAAACUUGUGUGAGGCAGUGGUUAGUAUAUUCACCCUCAAAGUUUUGCAGUUGCGGGUUCGAAUCCUGGCUCUCGCCUGGCUCUCGCCUGGCUGUGUGGGUUUCCUUCAACUUUACAAAAUAACAUAUGCUAUGUUAACUGAGAACUCUAAAUUGGUAUGUGUUAUUCGUCAUUAUUUGUCUAUAUGCCCCGCAACUUGACCUACAUCUACAAUAUGGUGGAAGGGUCGCAUGAGAUGGAAACUGGGUAACAAGCAUUUAGGGGAGAUAUUUUUGUGUAUUACAACCCACAACUACAGCCACCAGACACAAUACAGUAUGGAAAAUGAUGUAUUGUAUAGAGGAACGAAUGACUCUUGAACAAUGACUUGUGUACUUGCCUCUGUUGGCCGAUCGUGUUGGCUAACAACCCAGAUAGCAGACCGACACUGAAUAAACGUUGAUUUUCCAUCAAAAUCAUCAGAAUGGUUGACAUAAAAAAUUUUGACGUCAAGUGAUGUUGAAACAACAUUGUUCUAUGGUAUGUCAGGCAAAGGUUGGGUUAACAUUGUUUUAUAGUUGAUGAACUAAUGUUGACAAAUAGUUGAUUUAUGACAGACCAGGAAAUAUGAUUCAAAAGUCAUUGAAUUAUGGAUGAGCGGGCGUUUUGGUCGAAAACAUAACAUUGAUUCAGCGUUGUUCCAAUAUUAUUAAUAGUCGAAAUGACGUUUAGGUUUUGUAAGGAUUUCAACGUUGAAACAACAUUAAUUGAGGCUGCAAAAGUUAACGUUGAUUCAAUGAUAUAAGAUCGACAGGGGAAUAUUGAGCCAACAUCUUUUCAACGCCGCCCUGCUAUCUGGGAACACAUCUGCACUAAUGCUUGUUAACAGCCUACUAAAUUCACGCAUGUAGCCCACUUUUCCGAUUUCGUAUUAUUGAUCUGAGCCCAAAAACCAUCAAAAAAAUGUAUUUUUGUGUUAAAUUUAAAAUAAUGAGUCACUUUUUAAUUGCUAUUUGUAAAUUUAUUAGAUAAAGGAUACACAGAUUCCCUUACCUAUUCAAAGGUUUGCAUUACGACUGCUCAUAAUUGAACGUACUACAUAAAGACCACUGUUAGGGCUUAAGCAGUUGUAUUUGCACUUGUUAUUUAUUUUAGAUUGAAAUUGUUGUUUUUUUCUUAAGCGUUAGAAGAAAUUGCACAGUGUUUUACAACUUUAUUUGGUAUGAAAAUGAUGUACUGUACAGUGUUCAUUAGGGAUGGGUAUUGAACUUGAUGAAUUAUAAAGUUCCUGAUUACUAAAAUUAAACAUUAAAUGCUGUAAUAUGUUAAAAAUGGCAUGGCGUAGCUUCGAAGUCUAUGUACAGUAUUUUCUUAGUCCAAAUUGUAACAAUAAUAUGAAUUCAGUACCAAGAUGCAGUUCAGUGCAAUUUUUGCAGUGCUUGAAAAAUGGGGUUCCUUUUUUUGUCUUUUAGGUACGUGAUAAGCACAUUAUAGUUGUUAUAGGCAACUAGUUAUGAGUACCAGUUAAGUGUUGACGCUAAAUACAGAAUUCUUGAAACUGUUAACAUUUGGGUUUAGAUUUGAAACAAGGUUUCUAAACUCAACGGUUUUGCUAACACGGAACAGUAUUUGUGUGCUGUAGCUCAAUGUGCUAAUUGCAUGAGCUGACAUGGGACUAAGCCACAUGCUGGCAUUGAAAAUACAAAGCGAGACAUUGGGCACCGAUUGUGCAAUUUUUUAAAUCUGUAAAAUUGAGUUUAAGAUGAAUUAACUCAUUAAACUGAGAUAUAUGCACAAUUACUGUGUGAUAAUCCACCAGUGUCAGAUUUAUGACUAUGAAUGUAUUUCUUUGUUAUGGACAAACAUUAUUAUGCUUGUAAUGUUUUUCAGUUACUUUUUCCUCAAUUGAAAUAAUUUUGGCCAAACCUUGUGAACUAUAAACUGUUAAACAAGAGAAUUUCAUAUCUGUUGUAUUCCUUGAUUACACUACCGAGGAAAAUGUCACUUUUUUACUGUAACAAUCAUUAUUGAAAAAAAAUUUGGGGAGAGAGUAUCUUUUAUAAAUGACAAUGAUGUUAAAGUCACAUUCCCACCUACCAUGUGUUACUGGGCUUUUUGCUGACUUCCAGGGCAGGAAUGCAUUAUGCUGCACCACCUGAUUAUUCCCACACUAGCUCCCCUGUUGUGUCUGUAGUUGUCAAUGGAUUUGAAUUUAUACAUAUGACUGCCACUCAGAUUGGUCUGGUUUUCUACAAUUAUGCUGAGGAAAAUUACUGAGUAUGUGCCAAACCAAACCAUUUAAUGCUUAUGAACAUUAAAUAUUUAUGCAAUGCAUUGCAUUCUCUAGUUUUUAAUUGGGGAACGGGAGCAUUUUAUUUUUGUAUUUAAAAACACGCAGCUCUUUUUCUGGAUGAAUGAAUAAAAAUGGGUUUCAAGUGA